AUGUCCUUGGUGGCAGAAGGGCUUGGUCAAAUGGCAACACAAGCUCCAUUGCUGAAGCUGGAACAUCUUUCUGAGGAAGAUCUUACACUUAUACUUGCAAAUCAUCUGUUUGGAAAAAUUGCAGCAUCACCAAAAUAUGUUAUUGACAAGAACUACGCUGUUAAGAAGAGAUGCCCUUGUGGAAAAGACUGCAAUAUCACGGGGUAUUAUGGAGAUACAGGUAUCGGAAAUGAAGAUGUUUGGCAUGGUAAUCUGGAUAUAAACUUGAACCAGGAAUUGGGCAUCAGCAACACUGAAAAGGAAGGCGCAACAACAACUUCUGCAGAAGCACAGAGUCUAUCAGCAGAAAUGAAGAAGUGUAUCCACCUAUCGAGGAAUAAUCAAAUUAUUGCUCAAACAGUAGUGUUCUCAUUUCUACAGAGACAAUGUCAUCCGGAGAGUUCUCAUUUUCUGGUCCCUUCCAUUGGUGUGUCGGACAGUGGUUUUGUGAUAUAUUUCUACGAUUCUGAGCACGAUAUCCUCCUAGAAAGCUCUCGUAUUCCGUUUCUUGCUUCAGAAAUGGAAAUCAAUUUGUUUGCAGUAUUAACUUGUUGGUUGGUGGUUAACUACAAGUAUUUGGGCAGUGGCUUGCCAGAGUCUCUCAGAGAUACAGAAAGAUCAGGAUUUUUCAGUCAAGCCAAGGAGAAAAUCGAAAUAUAUAGAAACAAUUUAAAAUUUGGAAAUAUCGGCAUUCCUUCACAUGUACCUGAAAAGCUUAAUCCAGCUACAGAUACUGAACUCUUAAGUGAUGCACGAUCAAAAUUUUUGAACAUUGCUUUUGAAACCAGCCAACAGGCGUAGGGGUAUAACUAUGUGUAGAAGAUAAAUGAACCCUUGGAGUCUGUCAAGGAUUUGCCAAGUUGCUUAUUUUGCUCUACAGAUGUGAAACCAGUAUGAACUCUGUUGAUACACUUAUUCUCCUGGACAUUUUGA